AUGUCUUCCACUAAUACCAAAAAUUCGAAAAGGAAAUUAGGACGUGAUAUAAAAAAGAAGAACGCACCGAAGGAUGAAUUUGGCGAUCCUAUUGAUAUGAAACCUGUGAAACCAAGUCAAGUCGAUGAGUACGAAUAUGAUUCUUCUGAUGAAGAGGAUCUUCGAAAUACUAUCGGAAAUAUUCCCAUUCAAUGGUACGACGAUGAAGAUCAUAUUGGUUACGACAAAUUUGGAGAAAAAAUUAAGAAACCUGAGAAAAAGGGUGAAAUCGAAACGUUUUUGGAAAAAAUGGAGGAUCCGGAUUACUGGAGAAAGGUUUUCGAUAGGCAGACAGGCACAGAUAUUAAAUUGACCGAUGAGCAAAUUGAAAAACUUGAAAAUCUUGCGUCAGGAAAAUAUCCAACUGUUGGAUAUAAUCCUUACGAACCGUUCUUAGAUAUAUAUUCAUCUCAAAAAGAGAUUCAUCCAAUCGAUAAUAGACCUGAACCAAAGGCAAGGUUCAUCCCGUCAAAGGAUGAAAUGCGUAUGGUUAGUAGGAUGGUGCACGCAAUUAAAAUGGGAUGGGCGAAAGGUCCAAAGAAGCCUAAAGAGGAAAAGAAGUUUUACGAUUUAUGGGCUUCCGAAGAUGCAAUGGAUAAUUUGACCCGCUCUCAGCUUUCUCGUAUGCGUGUGCAUAUGCCAGCACCUAAAAUGACUUUACCGACACAUGCUGAAUCUUACAAUCCACCAGAAGAAUAUCUAUUCGACGAGGAGGAGAAAAAGAAAUGGGAAGAAGCUGAGCCUGAGGAUAGAACAAUGAAUUUCGUACCUAAAAAGUUUGACGCGCUUCGGAAAGUUCCGCAAUACGAUAAAUUUAUUACGGAACGAUUUGAGCGAUGCCUGGAUUUGUAUUUGGCACCUAGACAAAGAAAAAUGCGGAUCCACGCAGAUCCAACAGACCUGUUGCCAGACUUACCUAAUCCAAAUGAUCUACGACCGUUUCCAACGACUCUUGCAUUUUAUAUGCGCGGUCAUAAGGGACAAGUUCGCGCGAUUUCUGUCGAGCCUGAAAAAGGUGAACUGUUGGCAAGUGGUGGAGAAGAUGGAACUGUCCGUAUUUGGGUAAUUGCCACUGGAAGAUGCAUCAAAUUGUUCGAUAUGGGUGGCGAGGUUACGUCGAUAGCGUUUUGCCCAGUUUCUGAACGGACUUUACUAGCCGUUGCUUAUGAAGGCAAGAAUGUAGCGAUUUUGAAUACUGGCUGUGGAGACAAACUUCACGUUUCACAGACAGAAUCGUUAAUUUCUGAGGUUCCCGUUGAAUCUCAAGAAGACGGAGCUGCAGUUCAUUGGAGAAAAGCCAAAGACCGCAUUAUUCUCAAAACUCCAAAUGAGAUUCGACAAGUAACGUGGCACGGGAAAGGAGAUUAUUUCGCGACAGUUUCUGUCGACGACAUUGCCAAAUCAGUUUAUGUUCAUCAAUUGAGCAAAUCAAAAAGUCAGUGUCCGUUUACUAAAAGAAAAGGGCACGUUCAAGCAGUUGCUUUCCAUCCAGUUCAGGCUCGUUUGUUCGUUGCCACAAAGAUUCAUGUGAGAGAAUAUGACUUAGCUAGAUGCGUUUUAAUCAAGAAAUUGAUUACCGGAAUCAAACACAUUGCGGCAAUGGUUCCAGAUUCCACCGGAGAGAACAUAUUCCUCGGUGGUUUGGAUCGUCGUUUCGCUUGGAUGGAUUUGCAAAUGGGCAACAAGCCGUGGAAAAAACUUAAACAUCAUCAUUCGGCAAUUCGUUCCGUAGCAUAUCAUAAAAAAUAUCCUCUCCUCGCUACCGUUUCCGACGAUGGUAGUGCAAUGAUCUACUACGCACGAAUUUACUCCGAUUACUCUCGUGAUAACGAACUGUAUCCUGUCAAAAGACUCAAAGGACAUGAAACCGUCGGUGAUUUGUCAAUGUUAAGCACGGUUUGGCAUCCAACACAGCCUUGGCUCAUUACCGCUGGAGCAGAUGGUAAAAUUGCGUUAUUUACAUAUUAG